AGUAGCGACGUGAGGUGAGCCUGAAGGAAAUUACUGGACCCCAAACAAAGCAUGAGCAAAGGGAUAAAUUAUUUAGAAAUAAAUACGUUUGAAAAAUGAUGUUUUAACAUUGUGUUGGCGAGAAAACAUGUCUGGUGUGUCCAGUACGCAGUUCAUCAGCUGGCGCAGCUGAAUUUUUUUCCUCUUCUCCCCUGGAUUUGUGGAUUGUGACAAGUAGCAGGAAAGCAACCAAACAGGACCAGGACUACAACAAUUCUCGGGGAUUGUCACUCCGCUGCCUUUGAACGACAGGUCCCUCCAGUUUUCGCCUGACAGCGCACCUCCCUGAGCCAAGACGUUGUUCCGCGUUUGCCCAAGUCCGAGCAGCGCAGUCCGCGUGGGUAGGUCGGCACUCGGCAUCCUGCAGGCCGGCGAUAUGAUGGUCCACUGUGCCGGGUGCGAACGGCCCAUCUUGGACCGGUUCCUCCUCAACGUGCUGGACAGAGCCUGGCACGCCAAGUGCGUCCAGUGCUGCGAAUGCAACUGCAACCUCACCGAGAAGUGCUUCUCCAGAGACGGAAAGCUCUAUUGCAAAAUUGACUUUUUCAGGCGGUUUGGCACGAAAUGCGCGGGCUGUCUGCAGGGAAUCUCGCCGAACGACUUGGUCCGCAAAGCUCGCAGCAAGGUGUUUCACCUAAACUGCUUCACCUGCAUGGUGUGUAACAAGCAGCUGUCCACGGGAGAGGAACUCUAUGUGAUAGACGAGAACAAGUUUGUGUGCAAAGAUGAUUAUCUGAGCUCCGGGACCAUAAAGGAAGUCAACUUGAACUCAGUGUCGUCGUGCACAGAUAGGAGUUUAUCGCCGGAUCUGCAGGACCCAAUACAGGACGACAUAAAAGAGACGGACAAUUCAACGUCCUCAGAUAAGGAAACGAACAAUAUUGAGAACGAGGAGCAGAACUCCGGGGCCAAAAGGCGGGGGCCCCGGACCACCAUCAAGGCCAAACAGCUGGAAACAUUAAAGGCUGCGUUUGUCGCUACGCCGAAACCGACCCGGCACAUCCGAGAACAGCUGGCCCAGGAAACCGGACUGAACAUGCGAGUCAUCCAGGUCUGGUUCCAGAACAGAAGAUCCAAAGAACGGCGAAUGAAGCAGCUGAGUGCUCUGGGCGCCCGACGGCACGCCUUCUUCAGGGGCCCGAGGAGGAUGAGGCCGCUGGGAGGCAGGCUGGAGGAUCCAGACAUUUUAGGACCUGGGGCCUAUGGUUACUAUGGAGAAUACCAAGGUGACUAUUAUGGACCAGGGAGUAACUACGACUUCUUUCCCCAUGGCCCCCCAUCAUCGCAGGCUCAGUCUCCGGCCGAGUCCCCCUACAUCCUGGGCUCUGGGCCUGGAGCAAUGGAGGGAUCAGGCCACCACCCAUCAGAUGACCAAAGGUUCACGGACAUGAUCUCCCAUGCGGAAACUCCCAGUCCAGAGCCGGGCUUACCAAGCUCACUUCAGCCUGUCCCGGGGGAGGCAUUUGGGGGUGGACCCAGUCCCCCUUUCUCCUUGGCCAGUAAUUCCAGCUACAGCGCUCCAAUGUCCCACCAAGGCCAGGAGAUGGGAGAAACCACAGCCUGGUAAAAGACAAGAAACGGACGGGGACCAUUCCUGGGCUGAAUAUCAGCCUAGUUAAUUCAGGAGAUGAAUAAAAACACAUUGUGGGGUGAAAAUUACAGCUGAAAUUUUUACGGACUGAUUUUCACAACUGAUGAACUGAUGGACAGAAUCAAGAAUGGGAUAGCUUGCAGGAGAAAGUAAUAUUUGCUGCCCGGUAGACACUCCAAAGCAUAUCCCUUCCUGGAUUACUGGACUUGAAAUAUAUAUAUAUAUAUAUAUUUAAAAAAAGGAGAAAAAAAAAGCGAUUCCACCCAGCAAACUUGCUUCUCGCCUUCCCCUUGAUUUUAAUGAAGGUAUCUUCUAAUAGAGAGAAAUGCCAAAGGGGACAUGUUUAGUUCUCUUAGUUUCUCACCUUCUUUAAAAACAUUGCUUCAAAGCAGUUUUAGUUUCCAUUCUGUUGAUCUUCAUUGCCGCUUCACACUCAGCAUAACAAAGGAUCCGGUUGUGAUACAUGCUUUAAUGUUCAUCUACAAACACGUCCGUUUCAAUUGAGACAGCUUAUUUUAAACAUUUGCCAACAUGUCCAAUCAAAGGCUGCCACUUGAUAGACACGCUGACACCUCCAGCACGGCACUGACAUUCUGUAGCCCACGUCUCAGCUAUAAGUCCCUUAAUGCACACAAAGCGUUCUUGAUCAUAGCUCAAAAGAAGGAUGUCUAUACCAUUAUUCAAAACACGGACACAAUUAUACAGACACUUGUACCCACACACACACACACACACACACACACACACACGGACAAAUCUCACAUCCAUCGAAGCGGCCCUGAUAGUUCUGCUCGGCACACUGCUUCACCUGACCUUCCUUUUGUUACUGUCCCUUUUAAAAAACAUGUUUUAAUGGAAUUGAUUUUCAAAAGAACAUUGAACCCAUAAUGGAGAAUGUCCUUCAACAGCUGAGGUCUCCUUCCUCUAAAGAGAGAAAACAAAAGAGGGGGCAGACAACAUCUGUGACAUUACCGCUGUCUGCUCCGAAGCACUCAUUGCCAUCUAGUGGCCACAUUUUUAAGACACAGAAUUAAAAUAAGCUCAAAGCGGCAGACUCCAGUUGUGUGUGUGUGUGUGUGUGUGUGUGUGUGUGGUGUGUGUGUGUGUGUGUGUGUGUGUGUGUGUGUGUGUGUGUGUGUGUGUGCGCGUGUGCAUCUUUGUACUUCAAAGGACGAAUUCUCUACAUUUUUUUUCUCAGAUUGAUCAGGGCCAAGUGUCACCACAGCUGCUAUUUGAAAAGUCCGCCUUUGUGAAAACAUAUUAAAAGGAAAGAAUUACGUUUUUUUUGUCCCUUAAUUCCUAAUUUCAACUCCAUGUCAGUCUUUGCUCUCUCAGCUCCAUCUCAUCAUGCGCAAAAUGUCUCACACAGAACACAUCUAAUGCAUUGAAUGCUGUUUUUCUGCAAUGAGUUAGCUCUACUUGAAAUUUUGUUUUGAGAUCACGUGUAUUUCCUUUGGAUGCCGUUUCAGAUGUAGGAAGAAUGUGUCUUUUUUUUUCUCUGUUUUAUGAAGAUAUACUUGGAUACAGAAUUGAGUGGAUGCUUGUCUGUGUGUGUCUGAAUGCUUGGAGGUGUGUUCACGUGCGUAUGUGUAGAUUUAAGGGGGGGAACUGGGGCAAGGCUGUAUUAUUUCUAUGUAAAUA